AUGAAUCAACCAUUAUGGUCAGGCAUUUGGGUAAUAUUUGAUGUGACAGCUGACCUUAUUUUAUUAUUUGACUUUAUUCUCUGUUUCUUUAAAAGAAUUUCUGGAACAGAUGGUAUAUAUAUUUAUGAUUACAAAAUGAUUUCAAAGAAAUAUGUUAAAACAUUUUUCUUCUACACAGAUUUAAUAUCCAUGAUACCAUUGGAUUAUGUUUUAUUGAUAAUUGAUUUGAAAUUGGGAAUGUGGAUUAGAAUGAUUAGAUGUGUUAGGGCUGUCAGAAUCAAUCAGUACUUUAGUCAGUUUGAGUCUGAAGUUGAAAUUAUUCCAAUUACUGCUAUUCAAAUUCUGAGAUACGUGUUUUACUUCUUCAUUGCAACUCACUGCUUAGCUUGUGGUUGGUAUAUUAUUGUAAUGACCGAUCCAGUUCAAACAGUUCAGGUAUGGACACAGAAAUCGACCAUUAUCCAAGAUAAAUCAAUUCCUGGUGCCAUGUCGAGAUAUAUCAGAGGAUUUAUGUGGGUCCUUACUUCCAUGACAGGUUAUGGGGGUUCAUCUCCUGUUACAAUUAGUCAAUGUGUCUUUUCUCAAGCUUGUAAUAUUGUAGGUGUAGCUCUAGUGAUUUUAGUCGUCGGUGCCGUGGGUAACAUUUUAGAAUCAAGCAAUCAAGAAAAAUCAAAGAGAAAGCAAAAGCUUGACUCUCUCAAGCAGUACAUGACCUAUAGAAAGAUUCCAGAAACUAUUAGAGGAAAAAUUGAAAGAUAUUAUCAUUUCGUUUGGAAAGCUAGAUCUGGUUGGGAUGAAACUCUUGUAUUAGAAGAUCUUCCUUGGUAUUUACAAUCUGAAAUUUAUCUUUCAAUGAAUGCUGAACUUAUUGAGAAAGUCGAUUUGUUUAAAGUCGAAGGUGCUAACAAAACAUUUAUUACAUCAAUGGUCAUGGCUCUCAGACCUCAAGUCGUUUUGCCAGGAACUAAGAUUGUGAAGAAGGGUGAAAUUGGAAGAGAAAUGUACUUUAUUUUGAAAGGUUAUGUUCAAGUUGUUACUGAAGAUCCUGAACCAAAAGUAUUAGCAACAUUGGAUGCUGGUAAAUUCUUUGGUGAAAUCAGUGUGAUUAUGGACCAAACUAGAAUGGCUUCAGUAAGAGCUGGUACAUAUUGCGAUUUGUACGUGUUAACAAAAGAAUCUCUCAAACAAAUUGAAGAAGAUUUCCCUCUUCCUGUACAAAAGAUUAGAGAAAAAGCUAUUGAAAGAUUGAAUGCCAAUAAGAAAUAA